GGACUGAGUUUUGUUCAACGAAAGAAUCAAUAAAUAGCUCUGGUAAAAUAGUACUCAUAGAAAUUCAUCUCCUAUAACUCUGAAAUACCAAGGAAUUUGUUAUUUUUUAUCGACAUAAAUCACAAGACUAGCCAACAGUGUAAAACAAAGUUUACUAGAAAUGACAGAUUUAACCACAUUGGAGUUCGAACUUGAAGUACUGUUGAAAUUCAAGGCGGUAAAAUAGAGCAAUGUUUGUGAUUAUUAGUUUAAAAUUAGUGUUGUAAGUGAUUUGGUGCAAAAACACUCAGUGCAAAGUGUCAAGAUUAGAAUUAUCAAUAUACAAUCAAGAAAUCAAAAAACACAGACUCCUCCAUGGCAAGUCAGGAAGAUGACAUCGAACAAAAUGAUUUAUUUUUUGAAAAACCGCCCUCUCCAAUUCUUAGUUUUAAGAUGACUCGAAAGUAUCUGCUGUCCAAAAAGAUGCAAAGAAAGAGUCGGGUAAAAUUGAGCGAUAGAUUUUCCGAAAACACAUCGAAAGACUCUGUAAAUUUAAAUGAUACGACUAACUCACUAGCUGGCACUUCAUUUGCUGCACCUCAGUUGGAAAAAAUUGAAGCAGAAGAAGAGCGACUUGGAGGAAAUAAAUUCCAAAAGAAAAACCAAGUAGAGAAUUUUGAUUUCAAACAACCUGAAUCACCUGUUGCACUUGCUAAACCAAAAAAGACAGUGCAUGUUUCUGGUCAGGGUCGUGGUAGUGGUUUCAAGACAGCAGGCGGUCUUCAGUUGAAUCUCUCGGAUGAUCAGAUUAAACAAUCUAAAAAAUUAUUUGCUGAUAUUUUAAACCCAGGUGAAAGUGAUUGUGAAAAAAGCAGGUCUAAUAAAUAUGCAUUUCUUAGUAAGAGAAGGUCUGAAAAUUUUGAAAAGCAUAAACCAAGUGGUGCCUGUGUGGAGGAACAAAAUAUAGCGUCUUCUAGGAAAAAUUUAGUACAGUUAAGUGUAGGGUUUCAAACUGCUUCUGGCAAGGGUGUGCAAAUUUCUGAAUCUGCAUAUAAUUCUGCUUGUAAGAAAUUUAGUGAUGAAAGUCUGCCAAAAUUUGAACAAUUAAAAGAUAUAGGUGACAAAGAGGAAAUACAUAUGUUGAGCACACAAGAAACAAAUGAAUUAUUUAGUGAUUUCACAAUAUUAGAAAGUGGUCAUAAUACACAUAGAAUGAGUGAAUAUGAAGACAGUUUUAAAGGUUUUACUCCAGACACAAUUAAUCAAAGUCAAAAAGUGUCUGAUGAAUUCAUUGUGGCAAUUACAAAACUCAUUACAGAAAUCAAGGUACAUUCUCUCCUAAAGCGCGAAAAAGUUUCAAAUAAGAUUUUGAAAAUUAACACAGAACCUAGAUGUAAAAACAGUUUAAGUGCCAUUAAUAAAAGCACUGGAGGUUUUUCCAUGGCCUCUGGCAAACAAAUUUUUAUCACUGACUCUGCUUUAAAAUCAGCUAGAAAUAAAUUUGGAGAAGAGUUUGCCAGAGAUAUAUACAGCCAUUUUAAAAAACCCUUACCAAAAAAUUCGAGUAUAAAUAAACACAGAUCUUGCACAGAAAAAUUGUAUUUAACUAAUUUACAAGAACAUUUUAGAGGAUUUCAUGACCAGUCUAUUGAAGAAAGUAAAAAUAAAGCAGAAGCAAUAAUUAAAUUUUUUGAAGAAUUUAGUGAUUCAGAAGUGACUUUAGUACAACAUUAUACCACACAGUUUCGACUUCAUGAGUCACGUAAUGAAACCUUAACCCCAAUAUCAACAGUCGGAUUUACAACAGCAUCAGGGAAUAAGCUAAUUGUAUCAGAAACUGCUUUAAAAAAAGCACAGGACCUUUGGAACAAGCGCGAUAUUAGCUGCAGUGAUAUUUCAUUUAAAAAAAUAACUUCUAAUGUUACCGAAAUCACCGACGAAAAUGCAGGAUUUCAGACUGCAGCGGGACAGUCUUUAACAAUGUCAAAAGAUGCAUUAAAUAAAGCAAGGCGGAUAUUUCAAAGUCUUGAUAACGAGGUUUCAGUGAAUAAUUUUCCAGAAAACUCGUCUUCAGGUUUUCAGACAGCAGCAGGGAAUGUAUUUACGUUAUCAAAAGACUCUUUAAACAAAGCAAAACAAUUCUUUCAAAAUAUUGAUCACGAUUUGCCUUUGAAUGAUUUUCCUAAGAAAACUUCAAAAUUUCACACCAAGUCAGAAACUUCAUUGACGCCUCCUGAAGAUACCUCAAGUAAACUUGAACAGUUGUUUCAAAAUAUCGGUACUGAAGUGUGUUUAAACAGUUCAGCCAACAGCACCGAAAGCACUAAUGUUUCGUUUGAAGACGAUAGCCAAAGCUCAAAAAGUUCCAUAUUAAAAAAUAGCAAAAUUCAUAGGAAAAAGCGCUUGGGAAUAUCAUCCUGUAAACAAAUUGUAAUUCCUACACACAAAAUGGAACAAGCUGCGAAGCUUUUUGAUAUGGAAAGGACGACAAUGUCUCCUGUAAGAAAUAAUCAACCCACUAUUUAUAAUUCAACACCGUUAAGAAACGUUCCACUGUCUCUUAUCAACUCAGAUAUAACUCCAAUAAAAACGCCAAGUUGCAAACAAGUAACGCAAGAAGUAACAUGUGCAGAAGACGUAAUUGAUGAUCGAAUUUUAACUAGAGAAUGUACCAAAGGCAAUAUUGAUACCUGGAGUAAGAAUUUGGAACAUGAGAAAACUAUUUUAGAAACAAAAUUAAAGCUGAUAGACGAAAGACAAAAAGCUUUAAACAUUCAAAAACAGUUUACGGAAAGUAAUAAUACGGAUCAUCAAAAAAGGCGUAACGGCACUUUGUACACCCAGAAACAAAGUACUCAAAGGAUUUCUUUAAAAGAAUUUGUGCAACAGGAUACUUCCGCUAAGAAACUCUUAAACAUAACUCCCGAAAAUGCGGAGUUAGUACAUUUUAAUUACAAAGAACAACCUUUAACCUACGUGCGUACAUUGGAUGGUGCUUGCAUUGUCCCUAACAUUAACAAUCAUAUAGGUUUAUCAGAAAUCGAAACAGCUUUCAAAAUAAUGCCGGGAAUAGAACCAAAAUUAAUUCCGACUGGAUGGAUUCGAAAUCACUUCAAGUGGAUCGUUUGGAAGUUGGCAAGUUACGAAAACUUUUCUUCAAACAUAAACAACUGUUUAACGGUUGAGAACGUGAUACAGCAGUUGAAAUAUAGAUAUGAUCGAGAAAUUGAUAGGGCGGAGCGUUCAACUCUCAGAAAAAUUUUUGAAUUGGAUGAUGCUCCUCAAAAACGAAUGGUGUUAUGUGUGUCAAAGAUAAUUAAUUUGCAGAGUGAUCAGUUUGAAUUGGAAUUGACAGAUGGGUGGUACAGUAUUAGAACCGUUAUAGAUGAGCCACUAUGUAGACAGGUUAGGCUGCGGAAAAUACGUGUAGGAACUAAAUUGAUUACUUGUGGUGCUGAAAUUCUAAAUUGCGAAGGAUGUCACCCUCUUCAGGCUACUGAUAUGAUCCGCUUAAAAAUCAGUUGUAAUUCAACAAGAAGAGCCAGAUGGUAUAUCAAACUAGGAUACCAAAGAUGCCCAGAGCCUUUCCCAGUCAUGCUGUGUUCCGUUUUUCCAGCCGGUAAUGUGAUUGGAUGCGUUAAAAUUUGUAUUGCAAGAGUUUACCCAGUUAAAUAUAUGGAGAAACAAAACAAUUUAACUGUUUGGAGAAAUAGAAAAGCCGAAGAAUUGCGUGCUCAAGAAUGGGAGAACAAAGGUCGACAAGAAAUAGAGAAACUUAGAGAAACAAUAACGAAAGAUUAUGAAAUGAGUUUACGAACUUCUAGACAAAAUCUCAGUUUAAACUACUCUAUUGAUCAAAUUAGAAACAUCAAUUGUCCGGAAACUCUGUUCCAUUUAUAUCAAAAUAAUAAAGACCCGGAGAAGUUCCAAGAGAUUUUAUCCAGUUCUCAAAAAAACUCAAUUGUGGAUUAUCAACAACGGAUAUUAUUUAUGCAACAGCAAGAUAUAUCACGUAAACUGAAAGACAACAUCGAUAAACGACAAAUUCCAAAACGAGAUGUUACACCGGUUUUACAAAUGCUAGUGAUUGAUAUUCUUGAUGCAAAUGAGAAGACUUGCACUUUCCACAUAUGGAGACCUUCAAACGAACACGUGGAAAUUCUUAAAGAAUCGUCGGUUUUCGUAGCUUAUAAUGUUUUACCAAAGAAAAAUGGUGAUUUGUGCACGACGAGUCGUACACGGUUUCAAGCGUGCUCAAAAGAGUGGUCUAAUUUUCAUAAAUACAAAAGAACUCUAUUUCCAAUAUCACAAAUUAUCAAAGCAACUAACAAACCACCAUUUAAGGAAUUUGACACAGUUGGAGUUGUAGCUGCAGUGUCAACUGAAGGUUGCUCUCAGAAUUUAUGGUUAGCUGAUGAGUGUGGGAGGUUAUUGUUUGUGAAAGUGUUUGAAGGACCAAAAAACUGUCUUUUACUUGAUAAUUUAAAAAUCGGGCAAGUGGUAGCAGCAUCUAAUUUGGUUUUUUGUGAAUCAAAACUGGAGUUUGGGGAAGCCAUUGCUAAUCAUUUGACUAUAAUUUCUUGUUAUCCCAAAGCGAGACAUUUGGAAGAUGGAAUUAGAGCCUUAAGCACUCAACUACCGAAGGACCUUAAGUUAAUGUUGGCUGAAUCUCAGCAAAAAAUAUCAUACUAUAUUAAUAAAGUCAACAUCACAAGAGAUUAUAAAAAUAUGUCUUCAAGUUCUUUAGUUGCCCCCAAUUCGUUUUUUACAUCUGAUAUUUUUGAUGACAGUUCAGAUGUUUUAUUUUCUAUGAUUGAUGUGGACAGGGUUAAGUAACAAAGUGUUACAUGUUUUUAAAACAUUGUUGAAAAGGA